AUGGAGACCUGUGAGAACAUGCCCUCUGGAAAUCGGGGGGAGAACGAGAACCAUGGAGAGCCAGCUGUAACAAAGCCCAUCAUGGAAACACAGGAGCUUGGAAAGGAAAAGACAAGGGAAAUAGAAAGCGCAACCCAAGUGAAAAACCCAACGACAUUGUCUUCUUUCCAGCAGGCUGAUCAUUCUGAACCUCUAGCCUCAGAAUCAAAUGAAAUGGAAUGUUCUGACUGUGGGAAAACGUGCAAAUGCCAUUCACAGUUAGACAUCGAUGCCAGGUUCCCCAAGGGAGACAAAUGUAUGGACUGUGGAAACAAUUUUAGUCCAUGUGAUCAUCUUCAUUCACAUAAAAAAACACACAAAGACGAGAAACUAUAUCAAUGUAUGGAUUGUGGAAAGACCUUCGGUUAUAGCUACAAUCUGCGUCUCCAUCAGAUGAUCCACACGGGAGAGAAGCCACAUAAAUGCAUGGAAUGUGGGAAGUGCUUCAGGGCGAGUGGAACACUUCGUGUCCAUCAAAGGACCCACACAGGGGAGAAGCCAUAUAAAUGCAUUGAAUGCAGAAAGAGCUUUACUGAUAAUCGAACAUAUAUACGUCAUCUAAUGAUUCACACAGGGGAGAAACCUUUCAAGUGCAUGGAAUGCGGAAAGAGCUUCAUUCGGAGGGCACAUCUGCGUGACCAUCAAAGGACCCACACAGGGGAGAAACCAUACAAAUGCAUGGAAUGUGGAAAGAGCUUCGUUUCUAGCUGGAGUCUACGUUACCAUCAAAGGACCCAUACAGGAGAGAAACCAUAUCAAUGCAAGGAAUGCGGAAAGAGCUUCCGUCAUAAUAGAACAUGUAUUAACCAUCAGGCGAUUCACUCAGGGGAGAAAAGUAUUGAUACUGGGAAGAGGCCAUAUAAAUGCAUGGAUUGUGGAAAGUAUUUCCGUCGGAGGGAACAUCUGCAUAGCCAUCAAAGAAUACACACAGGAGAGAAGCCGUAUAAAUGCGUGGAAUGUGGAAAGAGCUUCCGUGAUAUUUCAACAUACCAUAAACAUCUAAAGACACACACAGGAGAAAAGCCAUUUGAAUGUAUAGAAUGUGGAAAGAGGUUUGGUGACGGUGCGCAACUUCGUAUGCAUCAAGUAACGCACACUGGGGAAAAGCCAUAUAAAUGCAUAGAAUGUGGAAAGACCUUCAAUAGGAGUUCAAAGCUGCGUUACCAUCAAAGAAUACACACAGGGGAGAAGCCAUACAAAUGCAUGGAAUGUGGAGAAAGCUUCCGUAUUCGUGGAUCAUAUAAUAAUCAUCUAAGGACCCACACAGGGGAGAAGCCAUAUCAAUGCAUGGAAUGUGGAAAGAGUUUCAGGUGGCAUCAAUCUCUGAAGGGCCAUCUAAGGACCCACACAGGGGAGAAGCCAUAUCCGUGCAUGGAAUGUGGAAAGAGUUUCAGGUUGCAUCAGUCUCUAAGAUACCAUCUAAGGACCCACACAGGGGAGAAGCCAUAUCAGUGUGUGGAAUGUGGAAAGCGUUUCAAUUCGGGUUCACAUAUGCGUUCCCACCAAAGGACCCACACAGAUGAGAAGCCAUAUAAAUGUAUAGAAUGUGGAAAUAGUUUCAGGUGGAGUGUGCAGCUGCAUUGCCAUCAAACAACACACACAGGGGAGAAACCAUAAAAAUGCAUGGAAUUUGGAAAGAGUUUUGGUUGGAGUAAUGCUCUGAGUUACCAUCAAGGAAUACACACAGGGGAGAAGCCAUACAAAUGCAUGGAAUGUGGAAAAAGCUUCCGUAGUAGUGGAUCAUAUAAUAAUCAUCUAAGGGCCCACACAGGGGAGCAGCCAUACACAUGCAUGGAAUGUGGAAAGAGUUUCAGUGGUCCUGGAUCAUAUAAUAAUCAUCUAAUGGCUCACACAGGGGAGAAAACAUAUAUGUGCACGGAAUGUGGGAAGACCUUCAGCAGGAUUACAUCAUGUUGUAAACAUCUGUUGACUCACGUCGGUGAAACUGAAUGCAUGGGAGGUGGAAUGAAAUUCGGAGGAAAUAUUCAUGUUGUCCCUCUAAUUCCUUAGAAUUUACCAGCUUUUUCCAGCAGCUAGAGUUUGAGAUCUGUGUUGAAAUUCCUCAAAAUGAUUUUCUAAUGUCAAUCCAUUUCUUCUAUUCCAUGUAUUAGACACUUGUUCCUCUUAAGCAGUCCUGGUCAUCUAUCGGGAGUGCUUUGAAUGUGAUUUUCUGCUUCUUGGCAGGGGGUUGGACUGGAUGGCCCAAGAGGUCUCUUCCAACUCAAUGAUUCUAUGAUAUUUUCCCCAUGUAUAUGUUUUUAUAAUGAAACUGAAUGGCACCUACAAUAAAGUUGGUUUUUACAAGUUC